CGCGCGGCGUCACGUGAGCGCUGCUCGCGACCCGCGGCCCUUUUGGUUGGCCCACGCUGUGCUCUGCCGCCGGGUACGUCAGGCGCGCGGCUGAGGCGGAGAUGGCUGCCGUGCUGCAGCGCGUAGAGCGGCUGUCCAGUCGAGUGGUGCGUGUGUUGGGCUGUAACCCGGGUCCUAUGACCCUGCAGGGCACCAACACCUACCUAGUGGGGACCGGCCCCAGGAGAAUCCUCAUUGACACUGGAGAACCAGCAAUUCCAGAAUAUAUCAGCUGUUUAAAGCAGGCUCUAACUGAAUUUAACACAGCAAUCCAGGAAAUCAUAGUGACUCAUUGGCACCGGGAUCAUACUGGCGGCAUAGAAGAUAUUUGUAAAAGCAUCAGUAAUGACACUACCUAUUGUAUUAAAAAACUCCCACGGAAUCCUCAUAGAGAAGAAAUUAUAGGAAAUGGAGAACAACAAUAUGUUUAUAUGAAAGAUGGAGAUAUAAUUAAAACUGAGGGAGCCACUCUAAGAGUUAUAUAUACACCUGGCCACACUGAUGAUCAUAUGGCUAUCUUCUUAGAAGAGGAAAAUGCUUUCUUUUCUGGAGAUUGCAUCCUAGGGGAAGGAACAACUGUAUUUGAAGAUCUCUAUGAUUAUAUGAACUCCCUAAAAAAAUUAUUGAAAAUGAAAGCUGAUAUUAUAUAUCCAGGACAUGGCCCAGUAAUCCAUAAUGCCGAAGCUAAAAUUCUGCAGUACAUUUCUCACAGAAAUAUCCGAGAACAGCAGAUUCUUACAGUAUUUCGUGAGAACUUUGAAAAAUCAUUUACAGUAAUGGAGCUUGUAAAAAUUAUUUACAAGAAUACUCCUGAACAUUUACAUAGAGCGGCUGAACAUAAUCUUUCACUUCAUUUGAGAAAACUAGAAAAAGACGGAAAAAUAUUUAGCAACACAGAUCCUGACAAGAAAUGGAAAGCCAACCUUUAGUUUUAGAUUAAUGAAAGCUUUGUUUUGUUGUUAGAGAAUGGUAUGUUUUCUUAACUAUGGAUUAUUUAUAGAGAAUAUAGAGUGUAAAACACUGAAAAUAACCCUAGAAUACUUUACAAUAAUGUCAUAUUUAUUCUAAAAUAUAUAAAUUACAUUAUACAUCAUCUAUAAUAUAGGUUAUUUAUCUAACCUUCAUCUUACAUUUUACCAAAAAUUCAGAAUCUAACAAUUUAUCAAUUUUUAAUAGAUUAUGUAAAAUGGUUGCUUUAAAAAUAUUAAAAAUUUGUGUAAUUAUUUGGAUAUAAGUUAUCUAUUACCAGUGGUCAAUAGUAGUAUUUUUUUCUAGCUACUUCAGUUAACAGCACAGAUUUCUAUGUAAUCCUUCCUUUUCCUCAACCCUUGUCUAUAUCUGUAGAUAUCAGCUUUGUUUUCAUGUUUCAAUCAAUUAUAUCAUGAUUAUGUAUUGGUUCUGUAGUUCUGUAUCAUGUGUAUUAUAAUGGUAUCCCACAAA